AUGGAUUCCAAUAAUGAUAAUCCAGAAAUAUCUGAAUAGAAGAAGCAAUUUCUUAAAGCAUUCUUAAGAGUUUGGAAACUCAAAAAAGACCAAGAAUUAUAAUAAAAGGAGAAGCAAUAAGAAUAACCACAAGAAUAAACAGAAGAAAUUUAAUAAGAAUAAGUUCAACCUAAGAGUUAAGUGUUUUCAAGAGAGGAAUACGCUAAAGAUUAAUUUUGGGAGGAUAGAUACAAAGAACAUAAAGGGAGAUUCGACUGGUAUGUAGAAUGGCCUCAGCUUAAAUUCUAUUUGGAACAAACGAAAUUUAAAAUCAGCAAGGAAAGUUCAAUCUUGAUGGUUGGAUGUGGUAACUCAGCCUUGUCUGAAUAAAUGUAUAAGGAUGGAUAUCAUAAUAUUGUGUCCAUUGACAUAUCUAAGACCAUUAUUGAUAGGAUGCAGGAAUCUGCUAUUAAAAAAAAUAUGAAACUCUAAUAUUAAGUUAUGGAUGCAACAACCAUGGACUUUCAAGAUAAGCAAUUUGAUAUUGCAUUUGAUAAAGGUACAUUAGAUGCAUUAUCUUGUGGGGAUGAUAUCAAAAAUUUAUUAUUGUUAAAGGAAAUGAAUAGAGUGGCAAAGCAACUCAUAUUUGUCAGUCACUCUUCUCAUUAAAAAAGAAUUAAUAUUAUGGAACAAGUAUUUGAAAAUAGAAAUGUAUUUGAAACCAAAAUUAAAUUAUCUGGUUAGGCUGAGUUAAUUAAUAUUAUAAGAACUAGAUUAAAGGAUAAACCUUUAAGUUAUGUAUUGAAAGAUAAAGCUUCAUUGGUUUAAUGUAUUAAUGAAUAUAAAUAAUCUUAAAAAUAAUAAAAAUAGGAAUAAUAAGAUGAAAUAUAUGAAUAUAUAAUUAUAAAAAGAGAAUAAGAAUAAGAAUAAUAAUAAGAAGAAUUAUAAUAAUAAGAAAAAUCAUAAUAAUAAGAAUAAUAAUAAUUAUAAGAAUAAUAAGAAAUAGAAGAAUAAUAAGCUAUUUUAUAAUAAUAAAUUAACUUAUAAUAAGAAGAAUCUUAAAAUAUCUAAUAAGAUGAAAAUAUUAAUUAAGUUGAAAACAAUAAUGAAAAUUAAGGAAAUGAAGAUAAUUAAGUUAAUUAUGAUCCCAGAAGACAAUCUCAUUGUUAUCUAUAUAAGAUUUUAUGA